CUACGUCAUCGUCGACUCCGGAAGUUCGCCGCUGUAAGAGCAAGAUUUGUUUUCGGCUUCUCAUCCUGUCAGCCCAUUUGCAACCGUGCUGCACAGUGAAGUUAUUGUAGUGCUUUGUAUUUUUUUAAAGUCAACGUUUGGACAUUUUACAAACGGACUGGGAUGGUAUCAUGGAGGUAGACCAUCAUAAAGACACAGAGGGGCAGGCAGAGGAGACAUCUGACCCUCCAACAGAGAGCAACCCACCUGCAGACACCCUUGCCACUUCUCUCUGUCUCUUGGGGAACCACAUGUUUCCUGAUCAAGUGGCAACCAAUGCUUGCAGCAGCGUUAACAGAAGUGAGCAUGCAACUUUGCAGCCGUCUGAUGCUUCAGUGGAGGAUUCUGGUCUGGACGAAGGGCCUCCGCCCAACCCUGGAACAGAUUCCGGGACACAGUACUCAGAGUGUCAGACCAACCUGGCGGCCCACCCAGCUGAGCGAGCCACUGAGGAUGCUGCCAUCAACAACGCUCAGAGCGACUCUGGGGAGUUUGUUGUUACAAUGCUGGCCAAGGCCAAGCUAGAAGAACAAGGCAUAGGCGUAAAAGGGAGAUCAUCUCCUUUACUUGAGACGGGGAUUCAGGAAUCUCCUUCGUUUACGUCUCACCGUGAUGAGGAUGUCACUGCCGACAGCUGGCGGCGACACAGGAAGCAUGUUUUUGUUCUGAGUGAGGCUGGAAAGCCCAUUUAUUCCCGAUAUGGCAGCGAAGAGGCUCUUUCUUCAACCAUGGGGGUCAUGAUGGCGCUGGUGUCUUUUGUUCAAAGCGGGGAUAACAUCAUCCGCUCAGUUUAUUCAGAGGAGAACACGGUGGUGUUCCUACAGAAGGGGCCUCUGGUUCUGGUGUGCGUCUCCAGCAGUCGUCAGUCUGAGCAGCAGCUGCGUGAAGAACUCCUCUACGUAUAUUACCAGAUCAUCAGCAUGCUGACCCAGGCCAGCAUAACGCGCAUCUUUGAGCACAAGAAGAACUACGACCUGAGGCGACUCCUCGCAGGCUCAGAGAAGAUCCUGGACGGUCUGCUGAACCUGGUAGAUUCAGACCCCAGCUUUCUGCUUGCAGCAGUGCAUUGCUUGCCUCUUGCUUCCUCUCUCAGGGAUUCUCUCAGCCAGAUCCUGCAGAAAGCUAUCACCCCCAAUCUGGUUUUCUCCAUCCUGAUUGCUAAAAACCAGCUGCUAACCAUCGUCCAGGAGAAAACCGUGAUCGAGGAUGCGAGGCUGGCGCCGGCCGAUGUCCACCUGCUGCUGAACCUCAUCGGAGCUUCUUCUGCUUUUCAAGCUGGGGAGAUCUGGACUCCGAUCUGCCUGCCCCUCUUUAACCCUGACUGCUAUUUUUAUGCAUACAUCUCCUACCUGGACCCCCCGGACUGUACGGUUUGUUUGCUGCUGCUCUCCACAGACAAGGAGGCCUUUUACUCCGUAGCUGAGUGCAAGAGGAAAAUCGAGGAGGCCAUGUUGGCUCAGAACUCCCUCAGCCUCAUUGCCAAAGCUCAGUCGUACAGCGUGAGUCAGGUUGGCGUCUCAGACCUCAGGCACUUCAUGUACAAGCCCUUCGACGUGCCAGACAACUACCGCCAGCUCACCCAGUUCACCAGUCCAGAGAUGGAGGCUCCAUACAGCAGCGAGGAGGAGAAAAUGCGGCUCCUGGAUCUGUAUCGAUACAUGCACAGCCGCAUCCACAGCACCUCACGACCCCUCAAGCUCAUCUACCAUGUCGCUGAGAGGGAAACUCUGCUAGCCUGGGUCACAAGCAAAUUUGAGCUCUACACCUGCUUUAGCCCUCUGGUGACAAAGACCUGUGCCAUUACUGCCAUCACCAAGCUUCUGAGAUGGAUUAAGAAGGAGGAGGACCGCCUCUUCAUCAGAUACCCCCCUAAGUAUUCGACCACUCCUAACCCCAGCAAGAGCUCAAGAAGCAGCAGAUCAGAUCAGCAAGACACCACAGAUAAUGGCUUCUUAUCGCUCCUAUAGGACUCUUAGAGCUGCUGCCUCACUCAAUUUUUACACUUGACCCAGAGGUAUUUUUCAGAAUCUGUUUUUCAGACAUGUUGGACUUGACAUAAACUGACAAGUAGAAUCGGACACUACAUUUUAGCUUAUUUAAAGAGCUAGUAUUCUUCCUUUACCUGAGGAACGGGAGCAUGUUAUCUCUGAGACGCCUUUGUUUAGAGACCAUCAGGCCGAAGCAGUUUUAGUUUGAACUGUGGUACAACACAAUUGGGGGAAAAUAUUUAAGUAAAAAAGAUUUUAUAUUGUUUUAUUACAAAAAGAGAGAAUAUUUCCUCAUGGACUCUGAAUGUAUCAGAUGAGUUUGUUCAUAAGCUAUAGCAAUCUUGUUUGUUAUUACUAAAGAAAAGUAGGUCAGAUGUUAGCAUUUUGGGGAGCUGGGAGUAUGCAAUAGUUUUUUUUUUUUAGGUCAAUAUAAACUGGAAUGAUGACACUGGAACUGCCAGAAGAAACUGACCUUCAUGGAUGAUGUUUUAAAAUAAAUUGCAGGGUUUCAUUACAGCUGGUACUCGCAUUCAGCAGAGCGAAACAUUUAGAUGUUUUCUAAAGAAAACAAGCCUCAUGUUGAUCUUCAGAUACUUUCAUACCUGAAGCGUCGAGCUCUUUGACCUCUUUCAAGGACUGUCUUCUUAAGAGACUAUACAUGAUGUCCUCACACUCGUGAGUCCUGAGGUAUUUUCUGUCGAUUCAAGUCUUAACAGUGUUUUUUGUUUCAUGAAAUAAAUUUCGGAGUGCACACA